AUUCGAAAUUCGCGUUUCCGCAUGUUUGACAAAGAAGAAAAAAUUUUCCUUUCCAUUCCUUUUUUUCGUAGAAAUGGCACCAAAAAAGCCAGCCGAUAAGUCCGCUAAACCCGGUGAUAAAAAACCAGAGAAGAAGCCAGCAGCUGCUGCUGGUGCGGCUAGUACUAGUGGUGCUGCCAAGCCCGCAGCUGCAAAACCUGCUGCUGCUGCUGCUCCUGCUAAGAAGCCUGCGCCUGCUGCAAAGAAACCUGCCGCUGCACCAGCUGCUGCUGCUGCUGCCAAGAAACCAGCAGCCGCUAAAAAACCUGUAGCAGCUAAGAAACCAACUGCUGCUAAGCCUAAACCAAAAACCAAGGAUGCCAAAAAGAAGGCUGCUGCUGGUAAGAAGCCACAAUCUUUGAUUUCCAAAUUGUCAGCUAAAGCUCGUGCUGCUGCUAAGGGCAAGAAAGUUGCUGCCAAACCAGGCGCCAAGAUACAAAAGGGUACUGCAAAAGCCAAGGCUGUUGCUUUAUUGAAGGCAAAGAAAACCCAAACUAAGAUAAUUAAAGGUGCUUUUGGUACACGUACACGUAAAAUACGCACAAGUGUGCAUUUCCGUAGACCCAAAACCCUUAAGUUGCCUCGCAACCCUAAGUACCCACGCAAAUCUGUACCAACCAGAAAUCGCAUGGAUGCAUACAAUAUUAUCAAAUAUCCAUUGACCACUGAAGCAGCCAUGAAGAAGAUUGAAGACAAUAACACUUUGGUAUUCUUGACACAUUUGCGUGCCAACAAAAAUCACGUACGUGCUGCAGUGCGUAAACUCUACGACAUCAAGGUUGCCAAGGUCAAUAUGCUAAUCAGACCCGACGGUCAAAAGAAGGCUUAUGUACGUUUAGCGCGCGAUUAUGAUGCGUUGGAUAUUGCCAACAAAAUUGGUAUCAUAUAAACGGUUACUCUUUUGCGUUACUGUUUCUUUUUAUAUAGAAUUUUCUUAAUAACUGACACAAGUUAAGAGUGAAUUUUAAUUAGAAUAAAAACCAUACAAAAAAACUAA